UUGUAGUUUUCUAAAUAAAUAUACCAGCUUAUGGGGAUCUCUUUCUAUUUGAGUUUGAAACCACUUACUAUUGGAUGAAGUCACAGGUCAGUCUUAAAACAAAAGAAGAGAUGAUGUUGGACAAGAGAACUGUAGUGGAUUCAAGAAGGGAAAAGUUGGAGACCCUUUGCUUUGUAGUAAUGGCAGCCAAAAGAACUCACAAUCCAGUUUCCUAUGCAUGGAAGGACAAUGUUUCCUGCCGACAGAGAGCUGUUCUUGUUGGACUGAAGUGUGUGUGUCUGUUGUGUGAAUAUUCAAACUUCACCUGCCAGACUGAAGGAGCAUGUUGGGCCUCAGUCAUGCUAACAAAUGGCAGAGAAGAGGUGAUCAAAUCCUGCGUGUCCCUCCCAGAGCUCAAUGCUCAGGUCUUCUGUCACAGCUCUAACAACAUUACAAAGACUGAAUGCUGCUUCACAGAUUUUUGUAACAAUAUUACCCUGCACCUCCCAACAGCUGCAGCAUCUCCAAAAUUGCAAAAACUAGGACCGGUGGAGCUGACCAUAAUUAUUACCAUACCAGUUUGCCUUUUGUCCAUAGCUGCAGUGUUGACUAUAUGUACCUGUCAAAGACGUCAGUGCACUUAUAAAAAGAAAAAGAGGCAAAAUGUGGAAGAACCACUAAAUGAAUGCAACUUAGUAAAUGCUGGCAAAACUCUUAAAGAUCUUAUUUAUGAUAUGACUACAUCUGGGUCUGGAUCUGGUUUACCUCUAUUGGUCCAGAGAACAAUUGCAAGGACAAUUGUACUUCAGGAAAUAGUAGGAAAAGGUAGAUUUGGUGAAGUAUGGCAUGGCAGGUGGUGUGGGGAAGAUGUGGCUGUGAAAAUAUUUUCCUCAAGAGAUGAAAGGUCUUGGUUUCGUGAGGCAGAAAUCUACCAAACAGUUAUGCUACGACAUGAAAACAUCCUUGGCUUCAUUGCUGCUGAUAACAAAGAUAAUGGAACUUGGACUCAGUUGUGGCUUGUAUCCGAAUACCAUGAGCAAGGCUCUUUAUAUGACUAUUUAAAUAGAAAUACAGUGACAGUGGAUGGUAUGGUCCGAUUGGCACUUUCAGUAGCCAGUGGUCUGGCCCAUCUACAUAUGGAGAUAGUUGGAACACAAGGCAAACCUGCAAUUGCUCAUCGAGAUCUAAAAUCAAAGAAUAUUUUAGUGAAAAAAUGUGAAGCCUGUGCUAUUGCAGACUUAGGACUAGCUGUGAAGCAUGAUUCAGUACUGAACACUAUUGACAUCCCUCAAAAUCCCAGAGUGGGGACAAAGAGGUAUAUGGCUCCUGAGGUGCUUGAUGAUACAAUGAACAUGAAUAUUUUUGAAUCCUUCAAACGUGCUGACAUAUAUUCCCUUGGUCUGGUGUAUUGGGAAAUAGCACGGAGAUGUUCAAUUGGAGGAAUCACUGAAGAGUACCAAUUGCCUUUCUAUGACAUGGUACCUUCAGAUCCCUCAAUAGAGGACAUGAGGAAAGUUGUUUGUGAACAGAAAUAUAGACCAAAUAUACCAAACCAGUGGCAAAGUUGUGAGGCCCUCCGAGUAAUGGGUAGAAUAAUGAGGGAGUGUUGGUAUGCAAAUGGGGCUGCUCGCUUGACAGCUCUGCGUAUUAAGAAGACCAUUUCUCAACUUUGUGUAAAAGAAGACUCCAAAGUAUAAGUGAUAUUUGGCGUUAAAAAGGAAUCUUUUUAAAAAUUAUGAAUUUUUUUUGUUGUGUUGUUUUUCCUUUGCUCUACCUCAAAGAUAUACAGUACAGUAUUUAGAUGCCCAAAGCACAACCCUGAAACCCUACUUUAAAGCUGAGUGCUGGCAGGGCAACUUCUGGCUGAUCUUGUCUUCAUGCUGUCUUUUAUUUUUUAAUUUUUUAAUUUUUUAAUUUUUUGGCAAG